ACCGUGGCACCGCCACCGCCGCGCCGGCCCUCCCGUCACCACCGCGGCUGAAAAGGCCCUCGGGCGCGGCCAAGCCCAGGGCAAGGGGGCCGGACUGCCUCUACCAUCUCUGUUACACCUGCGCCGCCCGAGGAGAGCUCCCGGAGGGACAGGAAGGUUAGCGCUGCGCCCCUGCGAGCGAGCUGACAUCUGACAUCUGACCAUGGCUAAGGACUUAAGGAGUCUGGUGGGCUCGAAGAGCGUCCGGGAGCUGCAGGAGAAGCUGGAGAAAUGGCAGCGCGACUACGAGACGAAUUCCAGUGGUGAAAAUAUGGACCGAUGCUUUGAAAUAUUAGAACUGAACAAUGAGAUUCAAAAGCAGCUCUACUCAAUUCUCAGUGAAACAUCUCAAAAAGGUAAUCGUUCAGCUACAAUGAAAAGCCUUCACCUGUCAAGCCUAUGUGGUACUUCAGGACGUCAAAACCGCCCUCCGGAUUCACCUGGGUGUGAGCUACAGCUGAGAGAUUUGACCUGCAAUCCAACGCACUGUCGACUGCAGCAGCUGGAGGACAAACUAACUUCAACUCAGAUAGAGAUCAACGAGAUUGAGCGAGAUCUGAGGGCUUCCCGUCUUGGAGAGUGCAACAACUUGAAGAAAUUCCAUCAUCCAUGUGACUAUGACCAUCAUCUUCGACAUUUGCGGGAUGAGAUGUCUAUUCUGGAUGCCCAAAAGGCUGCUCUCCAGAGAAGGCUUUCGGGGAGCUGCUCUCCUCCCCUAUGCUGCGUUCCCAAGCCCUGCGUUCCCAAGCCCUGCAUUUCCAAGCCCUGCGUUCCCAAGCCCUGCAUUUCCAAGCCCUGCAUUUCCAAGCCCUGCGUUUCCGAUCACUGCAUUUCUGAUCACUGCGAUUCCGAUCACUGCGAUUCCGAUCACUGCGAUUCCGAUCACUGCAUUUCCGAUCACUGCGCUUCCCAUCGCUGCGCUUCCCAUCACUGCGCUUCCGAUCACUGCCUUCCCGAUCACUGCGUUUCCGAUCACUGCCUUCCUGAUCACUGCGUUCCCAAGCCCUGCGUUCCCAAGCCCUGCAUUUCCAAUCACUGCGUUCCCAAGCCCUGCGUUUCCGUGAAGACCUGGUCACCUUGCCAGACCAGGCGGGCGUGUGCUUCGCGUCGAGCCUGCCUCAUAGCUCGCUUUAACUUCAUUUACGCUAAAGAGCGCUUGGAUGCAGAAGCAAUUUUGAGGCCAUACGUCUGUAACAUGGAGGUGGUGCAGAGGAUAAUAUACAUUGCAGCUGUGGAAUCUUUCCAUGCAGCAAAGAUGGCCUUCUGGAAGGUCAAAGUAAGUGUAAAAGAGACUUUGGCUGUACAUCCCUGCGACAUAGUUACGUCACUUGAAGUUGCUGCCCUGGAUUAUAUAGCUUGCCACAAGCAUCUGUAUGACGUUCGUGCCUGUAUCGACGAAGUCAUUGCCUCCAUGAACAUACACCCAAAGCUUCCAUGUCCAGCAGAAGUUGAUUACAUUGUGAUCAGCUCUUUGAUUCGAGAGAUGUGCAGUUUGGCUUUUUCAAUGCAGACACUCAUUCCUGCUCUUGAUAUUGCCGUUGGUGUUGAUGGAGAGCUUUUCAAUAAGUGCAUGUACUAUCGUAGUUUUGACUCAGAUUUCUCAGCUCCCCUUGUGGCCUAUCAUGUCUGGCCCCCUCUGUUGGAAAGGGAUGUUGUCAUCGUAAAGGGAGAGGUGGUCACUAGAAGAGUGGGUCCGUGUGGUCGCAGAUGUCGAAUUAGAAGCAGAAGCUGCAGCUGUGGCCGUCGUCUCCUGCCUGGUCAAGUGACUCGAAGCCGCAGUCUUUCAACACCGAGGGCCAAAAGGCGCUAACUGAACAUGUUCCUGUCUGUGCAGUCCAUCUGGAUUCAACAACUUUGCUGGUGCCUUUUCUCUUCAGAAAUACAUCCAAUCUCUCAAUA